AUGUCACCCACCAUCUCCCACAAGGACAACAGUCGGCAACGACGCCCAGGGACUUUCAACCACUCUCUGGAUAUGAAGAGCGGUCCUCUGCCGCCAGGCGGCUGGGAGGACAGCCAUCCGGAAUUGGUGGGUGGGGAAGGGGACAAAGAAGCUCUUUUGCGGGAUACCGGCACUGGUGACUUCUCAAAACCCCCACGGAGCUGCCGGGCGGAAUUAAGCAGCAUUUUGCUGUUGCUUUUUCUUUACGUGCUUCAGGGCAUUCCACUGGGCCUGGCAGGAAGCAUCCCACUCAUUUUGCAGAGCAAAAAUGUUAGCUAUACAGAUCAAGCUUUCUUCAGUUUCGUCUUUUGGCCCUUCAGUCUCAAAUUGCUCUGGGCCCCGUUGGUUGAUGCAGUUUACUUUAGGAACUUUGGUCGUCGCAAAUCUUGGCUUGUCCCUACACAGUAUAUACUGGGACUGUUCAUGAUAUAUUUGUCCACUCAGGUGGACCAUUUGCUCGGGAACACUGAUGGCAGAACCCCCGAUGUGAUUGCUCUCACUGUGACAUUCUUUUUGUUUGAAUUCCUGGCCGCCACUCAGGACAUCGCUGUGGAUGGUUGGGCGUUAACUAUGUUAUCCCGGGAAAACGUGGGUUAUGCUUCCACUUGCAAUUCAGUGGGCCAGACAGCGGGCUACUUUUUGGGCAAUGUUUUGUUUUUGGCCCUUGAGUCUGCCGACUUUUGUAACAAAUAUUUGCGCUUUCAGCCUCAACCCAGGGGAAUCGUUACUCUUUCAGAUUUCCUUUUUUUCUGGGGAACUGUAUUUUUGAUAACAACAACUCUAGUUGCCCUUCUGAAAAAAGAAAACAAAGAAGUAUCAGUAGGAAAAGAAGAAACUCAAGGGAUCACAGAUACUUACAAGCUGCUUUUUGCAAUUAUAAAAAUGCCAGCAGUUCUGACCUUUUGCCUUCUGAUUCUAACUGCAAAGAUUGGUUUUUCAGCAGCAGAUGCAGUAACGGGACUGAAAUUGGUAGAAGAGGGAGUACCCAAAGAACAUUUAGCCUUAUUGGCAGUUCCAAUGGUUCCUUUGCAGAUAAUAUUACCUCUGAUUAUCAGCAAAUACACUGCAGGUCCCCAGCCACUAAACAUAUUUUACAAAGCCAUGCCCUACAGAUUAUUGCUUGGAUUAGAAUAUGCUCUACUAGUUUGGUGGACUCCCAAAGUCGAGCAUCAAGGAGGAUUCCCUGUAUAUUACUAUAUCAUAGUGCUGCUGAGUUACGCGUUACAUCAGGUUACAUUGUAUAGCAUGUAUGUUUCCAUAAUGGCUUUCAAUGCAAAGGUUAGUGAUCCACUUAUUGGAGGAACAUAUAUGACCCUUUUAAACACUGUGUCCAAUCUGGGAGGAAACUGGCCUUCUACAGUAGCUCUUUGGCUGGUAGACCCCCUUACAGUGAAAGAGUGUGUAGGAGCAUCAAACCAGAAUUGUCGAACACCUGAUGCUGUUGAGCUUUGCAAAAAACUCGGUGGCUCAUGUGUUACAGCGCUGGAUGGUUAUUAUGUAGAAUCCAUCAUUUGUGUUUUUAUUGGAUUUUGUUGGUGGUUCUUUCUUGGUCCAAAACUGAAAAAAUUACAGGAUGAAGGACCAUCUUCAUGGAAGUGCAAAAGAAGCAACUAA